GGGAGAGACCCUUCCACUGCAACCAGUGCGGAGCCUCCUUCACGCAGAAGGGAAACCUCCUGCGCCACAUCAAGCUGCACUCCGGGGAGAAGCCUUUCAAGUGUCCCUUCUGCAGCUACGCCUGCAGGCGGCGCGACGCGCUCAGCGGCCACCUGCGCACGCACUCGGUCUCCUCCCCCACCGUGGGCAAACCUUUCAAGUGCAGCUCCUGCGGCCGCAGCUACAAGCAGCAGAGCAGCCUGGAGGAGCACCGGGAGCGCUGCCACAGCUACCUGCAGGGCCUCAGCUCCGAGCCCCCCUCCCUGCCAGCCCACCCAGGGGAGGAGAUGAGAGAGCUGGAGCUGGUUCCGGACUCCCUGCUGCACCCCGCGGCCGAGCGGCCGAGCUUCAUCGAGCGCCUGGCCGGCAGCCUCACCAAGCGCAAGCGCUCCACGCCCCAGAAGUUCGUGGGCGAGAAGCAGAUGCGCUUCGCCCUCUCCGACCUCCCCUUCGACGUCGGCUCCACCUUCGAGAAGGAGGUGGAGGUGGUCCCCAGCCACCACCACCACCACCCCCACGCCCUGGACCCCUCCUACAGCGGCUCCCUGCCCCUGCUGGGGGGGGAGCACCUCCGCCCCCUGCGCCUGCCGCCCGCCGGCUGCCUCUCGGAGGUGACGCCGGUGAUCAGCUCGGUCUACAGCCAGCUGCCGCCGCUGCCGGCCCGCCUGGAGCUGCCGGGGGGCAGGGAGGCCGCCGAGGGCCACGAGGAGGUGGGGGAGGGGGUGCAGGUCAUCUACAGGGCCCGGGAGCCCGGGGGGUCCCCCCCGAACGGCUGCCAGGACUCCACGGACACCGAGAGCAACCAGGAGGAGCGGCAGGCGGGGAGCAGCCGCCAGAGCCCUGCCUACGCCAAAGAGGAUCCCCCGAAGGUACCGGAGGGGCCCCUCCCCCUCCCCCCCCACCACCCCCACCCCCAGGUGGGGGCGGGGGGGAUCCGCCCUCCCCCCCCCAGCUCUGCCAAAGACGCCCUGAGGGUGCUGAACGAGGAGGGGGAGCAGCUCAGGGCCUUCAAGUGCGAGCACUGCCGCAUCCUCUUCCUCGACCACGUCAUGUUCACCAUCCACAUGGGCUGCCACGGCUUCAGAGACCCUUUGGAGUGCAACAUCUGCGGCCACCACAGCCAGGACCGCUACGAAUUCUCCUCCCACAUCGUCAGGGGAGAGCACAAAGUCGGCUGAGAGCCUCCAGCCCCUCCCCGGAGCCGCUGGGAGCCCUCCCGGGCCGCCCCGGGGGGUGGGAAUGGGAACCCGCCCGGAGCUGCCCUCGGAGCGACCCCAAAGCGGC